AUGAUCGUCAUUCAUGCACUGCUACUGCUCUUUGUCGCAAUGAGCUUGGGGCUCCCUCAGCCUUACAUCACCAUCAUCAUGGAAUACCACAAUCUAGCAAGGAAGUCCGUGUACCCUGGCGCGGCAGACAUGCAGACAAUGGUAAGUGAGGAAAGGCUAAUCCAAAAUGUCAAAUAAACUAGAUAGGGCAUUCUUUGGAGGAACAUUUCCUACGUUCAUAUUUGUCUUUAGACCUACGACACAGAAUUGGAAAAACUGGCUGAAGAGUGGGUGAGCCAGUGUGUGGACGACCACCCAACGUCAGAAAGAUAUAAGCCGUACGGGCAGAAUCUGGCGACUGCGGGAAAUCGAGACCCCCUCGACAGUCUACACGUUGCAAUGACUCUGUGGUAUGCAGAGAGAGCAAACUAUUUGGGAAAGAAUAAUUACUGCUCCGAAGAGCCCUGUGCACACUACACUGCGGUAAGUCCAUUCCUUUGGCAGAAUUUCCAACAUAUGAGAAAUCACUUUUUUACUUGUAAAACUUUCUCUUUCGUUGAUAUUCAACUUCGCGUCAGACUAUACUGGAAGAUUUUUCUCAGGUCGGCUUUUAUUUCUCUCUUACUGUAGAUGAUAUGGUCAAACACAACUAAAGUAGGCUGUUCCUACAAUAGAUGUGACAACAUAUUCGGCAUGAAGACGUACCUGUGGGCAUGUCAAUACUAUCCCAGGUAAGUUGGAUUUACGAUCAACUUCCUGCCUGCGUCUUAGGCAGAAACUUGAGGCAAAUGGCACUCGUUUAGUUUAGUACUGUUUGCCCAUUUAUAAAUUCAGAAAGAGAGACACGCUUUAUUUUGCAGACCUCAUAUUCCAAUUUUCGCAGAAAGACUUUCAUUUGCAGUGGAAAAAUAGGUGCACAAAACACGUAUCAUAAGAGGGCUACAAGCGAUACUUAUUGGCGUCACGAAAACUCGCUAAUGAAUAAUUUCCAAAAGACGUGCCAGAUUUCACCUUUGUCAAAACGGUGUCAAGGUAAUGUGUCGAUGACUCCGAUACUGUGGUUAAGACAUAGAAAAUCGGUAUUUUAUGUGUAAACUAGGAGAGAGAAUAGUAAUAUAAAAAUUUCAAUAAGAAUGGAGUAUAGCAAAAAGCGGCGACUCAGUUCAGAAAGCCCGUCAUGCUUGCACAAUCUGGAGUGCAACGAGCUAAAAGGUUACUCGAGACAAUCAGAUUAUUUUAUUUAAAUUUUCAUUUGCGACAGACAGCAAGAAGAGACACUCGUUCUGCAGUCCAUUUCUAUAAAAGCAUUGGCAGCGGACGAAGUCUAGUCUAGGCACCAGUUAUUCUUAUUUCAGCCCUGUAUGGCUUUACCGACAAUGCGUCUCGAUUAGCAAUGUACGCAUUUCCGCAUUGCAUAUCAUACUGUGAUCUCAUUUAGCCUAAAAUGCACUCCAGUUUCCUCCUUGUCGGAACAAGAGGAGAUCACGAUUCCGGAGACAUUGGAAGUUAAUUGUGACCAGGAAAAUAAAGGAAUACAAAGCGUGGGUGUUAAGAAUGUAGGCAAUCGUGUAAACCGCUAAUCUAACAUUUCUGUCCCGACGACGAAUGCCUAUGCAGCUUUACAACUGCAAGUCCGUUGGCACAGGAGGCGAGCAAAUUCGGGACUAUAUUUUUCGGUUACUGUUCGAAAACGCUGGCUUUACAACAUGUGUAUUGUCCUGAUUCAAUUUCGGACUGUAUUUCAUAACGUUUGCUCAGAGAUGCUGGGCUAACGGGAUUCACGGUGUUUUGACCCAAAUUGCUUUUUCUAGUGCAAUAAGAAAAAGCAGUUUUCUAGCCAAGGAUUUUCUAGCCCUAUGCGAAAGUUUGUGUUGUAUGAUAAAGAUGCUAUUUGAGAUAUUUACAGUUUAGAAAUCAGUUGAUUAUCUCCAUUUCAUUAUUUCUCGUGAUAUUUAACGGAAUAAGCAUAAAAAAGGGAAGUGUACAAAACGAUACAUUACAUAUGGAUUUCCGAGUUCAGUUACUGGCCCCGCUGUUAUUUCUAAAUUUCAGAGGAAAUUGGAUAGGUGAGGAGCCAUACCAAAAGGGCGACGCCUGCUCCAAAUGUCGCCGUGGACAGACAUGCAAACUGAGUCAAUGUCUCUAA